AUGACCAAUCAGUAUCUCAGGUUGUCCCAUAACCCACCGAUUGUGCAAACAGCCAAGUUUUACAGCACCGGCAUUAUCAUCAACAACAACAUCAACAACAACACCAUCAUCAACAUCUUCAUCAACAUCAACAACGACGGCUUCAACACCACUCGCAAACAACUCGGAUGCUACUCAAUGUUGGAGCCUGCAUCGACCAUUCUCAACAGGCCUCAACUUAACACCAACAACAACAACAACAACACUCACAAGUCAUCAGCACACACAGUUCACAACAGUAUAGGUCAUUGCCCGCUGCCCGGUUGCGAUGGUUCGGGUCACGCCAAUGGGACCUUCCUCACGCACCGAAGUUUGUCCGGUUGUCCACGGGCCACCAAGAGACAAAAAACAUCAUUAUCAUCUUCAUCAUCAUCCUCAUCAUCAUCAUCAUCAUCAUCAUCAUCAUCGUUAUCAGUCGGCUGUGGACUGGCGACUCAACUUGGGAGCAGCAAGCAUCAUCAUCCAGCAGACAACAACAGCAGCAACACAGCACUAUCAACCACCAACUCAAUCCAAUCAGAAAACAACAAAGACGUCCAGAAGCUGGAUUCAGAAAUCUCAAAACUGAAAUCGGAAAUCAUGGAUUUGCAAAAAGAAAUGAAAAACCUGGAGGGUGGGUGUGGUGAUUGGAAGGGGAAGAUGGUACAAGUGGGCGGGGACAUUUCAGCCAUCCAGACAAGACAUCUGGCGACCAACAAACAAUUUGUCUGCUUCAGGGACAAACUCGUCAGCAGGUUGUUGCAGAAAAUUGAUUUUCGAAAAUUCAGAUCUCUUCUCGGGUUGGUGGGUAAAGUUGGAAGGGAGUAUGAAGAGCCGGGUUGUAAAAUAUCUGCCUCUGAUGAUUUCUGUAAUGUCGGGUAUGUCGCAAAAGUUACGAAUGUUGGCAGUUGUCUGAAUGGAAACAUUGAAAUCGCUUUUAACAACGACAUUUAUUGUCAUAACAACAACAAAGAUGACAACAAUUACGACAACAACAACAUUUCUAGUCAUAGCAACUUCUCUUUGAAUCACAACAAUGUGAACGCUUACAUCAACAGAGCAGAUAAUGACAUUAAUACUAUUAAUUACAAUAAUGAAAGCAGUAAUGACAUUGUUAUGAAUGACAACAAUGUUGAUGUCAGUUGUUUUUUUGGCCACUGUCACGACAACAACAACAGCAUUAACAACUACAUCAAUCACACUUCUUCAGCCAAUAACUCAUUCAAGAUCAACAUCAGCAACAACAGUAAUAAUAAUGGUGACAAAAUGAGUAAAUUCGAGAGGAGUGAACUCGAAGUAACAUCAUCAUUAAUGAUGAAUGGUGACACAGGUUGGAUUUGUAACCAAUUUUUUGCAUAA